AUGGUUGGGGAUAACCCUUCUCAGCCUAUUGCAUCUAUUUGUCGUAGAAGUUCAAUUUCGAAUGUCGCUAAAUCUAGUGCAUCACCCGUCUCUUACAAUUGCAAAAAAAAGGCCGCCUAUGUCAUAUGGCGGUCCAAACCCUACUCCCUUGCCUGGUGGGCCCCAUUAACUGGGACCGGUCUCCCGAAUUGUCUAGAACCACCAACCGAGGCACUUUCAAAAUUGCAUCAAGAGUUUUCUCGUCAAGCCAACUACGAAAAACGAAUGGCUGGGCUAAUUGCUGCCGCCAGUGCACGGGCGCAGGCAGAGAGAUCGCUUCGAUUUAGCAGAAUACGUCAGGGUGCUAGGGCCCUCCGUACCAUGUUACGGCAGCAGCAAAACCGAUUACAGGUAUUUGAGUAG